GUACAGGUAUUGCGAUUUGAAGUUUUUGGCCCUCAAUGAACCUCUGUUCCGUUUCGGUCGCCGGCACUCAAGAUUCUUCUCUGGGAAUUGGCUCGAGCUCUACUUGCUUACACAGGGAAUGCACAGCUUGGAAAUACUUCAUUCAGCCUUUCCCCUUUGGUUAGCAUACAUCCCUAUGUCAACAAACUUUUAACCAGAAGAACGACAAUAUCUAGAUGACUGGUGGGGGUAAUUCUGCUUUUGUAUAUCAGGACUGAACAUGUCACUCCCCAGUAUUGGAUACGUCUGUAUAUCUUCUGUCAUAUCUGUUUUCGUCCAUGAGCUCGGUCAUGCUCUUGCUGCUGCAAGCGAGCACUGUGUGCACAAGUGUUUGUUUGGAGGAUGGAUCUCACAUGAUUAUUGUAGGCACGCCUUUUGUGGGAAGCAGUGAGGGUAUACCUAUGGAGUAUGUUGCUGUCUUUUUGGCUGUAUCUUUCCCAGGAGCUCUUGUGGCUUUCAAUCAUGCUUCUUUGGAAGCAUUACCUGGGGCGGCUGCCCUUCGCAUAUACUGUGCUGGAAUUUGGCAUAAUGCAGUAUUUUGUGCAGUUUGUACCUUGGCUUUGUUCCUUCUUCCCUUCAUCUUCAGUCCAUUCUACAUACAUGGUGAAAGUCCCAUGGUUUUGGAUGUGCCUCCCAUGUCACCAUUAUCUGGUUAUUUGUCACCUCGAGAUAUAAUUUAUUCACUGGAUGGCAUCCGCAUCCAUACUGCUCAAGCGUGGAUGGAAAUGAUUGCUUUGCUGACUAAGCAGAACAUCAAAGAGUUGGACAGUUCUGGUGAAUUUAGAGGAAAAAGCAGAAUAGGGUAUUGUGUUCCUCAUUCUUUAAUUGAAGAGAGCACUAACAUUCAGUUGAAUGGGAACCAAACAACUUGUCCAAAGGAACUUAUUGCAUUUGCAUCUAUGUCCUGUUUGGAUCCAAGUAAGUCCGAGGAUGGAAGCUCUGGAAAUAGUUAUCAAAAUAUGAGAGAAACUGUUCAAUGUUUUAAUGCUAAGGAUAUUCUUACGCUUAAGAGAUGUGGCUAUGGUUCGGCAAAGGCUACAAGACGUAGUAAUCGCUGCCUGUGUUCAGAGGCUGAAUCUUGCUUCUCUCCAGUGGAGCAUCCAGGUCUAGCAUGGGUCGAGAUCACUUAUUCAAGGCCUUCUUCUCCAGAAUGCCAGAAUCAUCAAAAAAGUAUAUUACCCGACAAUACGAAUCCUAAUAUUAGAGAAAGAAGAUGCCUUCAGUCUCUUGUUUUUAUUGGUGAAGUGAUCUCCAUGGCACAUUCAGUCCAUUUGACUUCAUAUCAACCUCGCUGGUCAAUUGAUUUUGCUGCAGAUCUUCCAAAUCUGAUAGAAAAACUUUUGACAUGUGCUUUCCAUGUGUCUAUGAUACUAGCUCUUCUAAACAGUCUGCCGGUGUUUUUUCUUGAUGGAGAAUCCAUCCUAGAGGGUACCCUGCACCACUUGAAUUUUUUGAGCCAAAGGAAGAAGGGACCUAUUCUUCAGUGUUGCCUGCUUGCAGGGACUGUUUUUUCCAUCACUUUUGUCUUGCGGAUAUUAUUAGUCAUGUUGUAAACUGAGGCCAUUUCACCAUUUCCUCGGUAUUAGAAUUUGAUGUCCAUUUAAGAAGCAUGUGAAUUUGUAUCUCUGACCUUGAUUAAUCUUCCAGAUUACUUUCAGAAGUUCAGAAUCGACAAAAUCCUCUCGUACUUUUCU